UGGGACUUGAUGUAGUGGCACUACCACUGUGCGACAAAAUGCUGUCUGCUUUAUUCACGGUUCCGCACUACCCUCCCUCCUUUAACAAUUUCUGUUUAUAUUCAGUCCUUUACGGCAGUGGGGCGAGAUUACUGGAGGUGGCCGUGCAGUUUGACACAAUGAGGAGUGAUUUUGCCGCUGGAGCGGGUUCAGUUUAAAUGUCACUCAUCACUCGGGCUGUUCCGAUAGAAAAAGGAGCUGCUUCCCCCGCCCUCGCGGGCAGCCUUUCUCCCAGCCAAAAACAUUGGCCAGGUCUGAGCGGUGCCAGGCUCUCAUGUGGCUGGAGCUCCUGGCGAGGGAGAAGGGAAAGCCCCUUGUUCUGGGGGGGGGGGGGGGGUCCCCGAGAGGCUCAGGAAGGUGCGGAGAGGCGAACGUACCGAGCAGCCGCUGAGGGGACCAAGGGAAGGGAGAGCCUCCUCAGUCCGCGUUAGCUCGGUGGAGAGAGCUGGGCAGCUGGUACAGGAAGAUGCAGGGGGCUCCCAGGGAGUCGAGCCAGUUCUCUAAGGCGGAUUGAGACUGAACCUUGAGCAGAUUUCUCGUAUCGAGCGUUCACGGGCGAAGUUGGUGCCGCUUUGAGCGAGCCCAGGAGCAGUGGGAGAGACACAGAGAGAGAGAGAGAGCAAUGGACAUGAGCGUAAAGAAAUUCACCGUGCGCCGCUUCUUCUCUGUUUACCUGCGCAAGAAAUCCCGCAGCAAGAGCUCGAGUUUAAGCAAAUACGAGGAUGAAGGUAUCGUGAAAGAAAUAGACAUUAGCAACCACGUAAAAGAAGGCUUUGAAAAAGCAGAUCCCUCUCAGUUUGAAUUGCUCAAAGUGCUGGGUCAGGGGUCCUAUGGAAAAGUAUUUCUUGUUAAGAAAAUAAAGGGCUCUGAUGCAGGGCAGCUCUAUGCUAUGAAGGUACUAAAGAAGGCAACACUGAAAGUACGUGAUCGAGUCAGGUCAAAAAUGGAACGUGACAUAUUGGCUGAAGUCAAUCAUCCUUUCAUAGUAAAAUUGCACUAUGCAUUCCAGACUGAAGGAAAAUUGUAUCUGAUUUUAGAUUUCCUAAGAGGCGGUGAUCUUUUCACAAGACUAUCCAAAGAGGUGAUGUUUACAGAAGAAGAUGUCAAAUUCUAUCUAGCUGAGCUGGCCUUGGCUUUAGACCACCUGCAUGGCCUUGGGAUCAUUUACAGGGACUUGAAACCAGAAAAUGUACUUCUAGAUGAAGAUGGCCACAUUAAAAUCACAGACUUUGGACUCAGCAAGGAGGCUGUUGACCUUGACAAACGAGCCUAUUCCUUCUGUGGGACAAUAGAAUAUAUGGCUCCUGAAGUAGUUAAUCGACGUGGUCAUGCACAAAGUGCAGAUUGGUGGUCCUUUGGUGUUUUAAUGUUUGAGAUGUUAACAGGGUCGCUGCCUUUCCAAGGCAAGGACAGGAAAGAAACCAUGGCACUUAUACUCAAAGCUAAGCUGGGAAUGCCGCAGUUCUUAAGCCCAGAAGCCCAAAGCCUUUUGCGAGCACUCUUCAAGCGGAAUCCUUGCAACAGAUUAGGUGCUGGACCUGACGGAGUUGAGGAGAUAAAACGACACUGUUUCUUUGGAACUAUAGACUGGAAUAAGCUAUACAGGAAAGAAAUUAAGCCACCGUUUAAACCAGCUGUAGGGAGACCAGAGGAUACAUUUCACUUUGACCCUGAAUUCACAUCAAGGACACCAAUUGACUCACCUGGCGUGCCUCCAAGUGCCAACACACAUCAGCUUUUCCGAGGUUUCAGUUUUGUCGCCACCAACCUUGGCCAAGAGCAUACACAGUCUGACUCUCGACAACUGAUUGACCAUUCAAUUGUGCAGCAGCUACACGGGAAUAAUAUUCACUUCACAGAUGGUUAUGAGUUGAAAGAGGAUGUUGGUGUUGGAUCAUACUCCGUGUGCAAGCGAUGUGUUCACAAACUCACAGCUGUGGACUAUGCUGUAAAGAUUAUUGACAAAAGCAAAAGAGAUCCAUCAGAGGAAAUUGAAAUUUUACUGCGAUAUGGACAACAUCCAAAUAUUAUCACCCUGAAGGAUGUAUAUGAUGAUGGAAAGUAUUUGUAUCUUGUCAUGGAACUAAUGAGAGGAGGGGAGCUGCUGGACAGGAUCCUACGGCAGAAGUGUUUCUCAGAAAGAGAGGCCAGUGCAGUACUUUAUACAAUCACAAAGACUGUGGAAUACCUACACUCACAAGGGGUUGUUCAUCGAGAUCUGAAGCCGAGUAACAUUUUGUAUGUGGAUGAAUCAGGAAAUCCAGAAUCAAUUAGAAUUUGUGACUUUGGUUUUGCCAAGCAACUCCGAGCUGAGAAUGGCCUUCUAAUGACUCCAUGUUAUACUGCCAACUUUGUUGCACCUGAGGUGCUCAAGAGGCAAGGAUACGAUGCAGCUUGUGACAUGUGGAGCUUGGGGAUUCUACUCUACACUAUGCUAGCAGGAUUCACGCCAUUUGCGAAUGGGCCUGAAGAUACUCCUGAAGAAAUCCUAGCACGCAUUGGAAGUGGGAAAUAUGCCCUCAGUGGAGGAAACUGGGACACAAUUUCUGAUGCUGCCAAGGAUAUGGUAUCUAAACUGCUGCAUGUAGAUCCUCAUCAAAGGCACACAGCUGCACAGGUCCUUCGACAUCCCUGGAUAGUGAAUCGGGAAUUUCUAUCUCAGAAUCAGCUCAGCAGACAUGAUGCUCAUUUAGUCAAGGGUGCAAUGGCUGCCACGUACUUUGCUUUAAACCGCACACCUCAGGCACCAAGACUAGAACCUGUAAUGGCAUCAAACCUGGCUCAACGAAGAGGAAUGAAAAGAUUGACUUCUACAAGACUAUAACAACUAUUGAACAACACCUCUAGGAAGUUUCUAUUCAUUAUAUGUAAAAAUGUGGUCCUUUCCUGGCCAAUGCAAGAAGCCCCAACUGACCCAAAGUAUUCACAAAGGUUGAGCCUAGUUUCAGGCUUCUAUUAUUCAGUGUUUGACAAAAACAAAGGAUCAUUCACCUAACUUGCAGCACUGUAAAGAUAACAGGAGAUGAACAAACACCACUUCCCUUUCUGGAGUACAUUAGUUUUUUUGCCUGAUGAUGUUUGAAAAGAAUGGGCAAAUAUUGGUUGUGUAAACUAGGUUUAAUCUCUUUUAUAAGUGGAAAAGGAGAAAUAAGCAAGUGCUUUGAGAAAACACUUGUAUUUGAUGCUCUUGAAAAAGUGGAGCAAUGUUGUUACCUCUAAUUGUUUAAAAAAAAAGGGACUGAAAAGUUACAUCAGUUUGGAGCAGAGCGUUCUCGACUGAGAAUCCUGUUUAAAGGUUUAUGGUGGCUAAACUGGUUUUAUUUUUUUUCAGGAGACAGCAAUUCUGCUCCAAAGAAAUGUUUGUGAAUCAAUCUAACACCCUCAUUGAUGUUUUCUCAUAUCCGAUAGUUGCAUUUUUUUAAUGUCCUGUAAUAAUGUGAAGUUGCAAGAAGCACAAUGUAUUUUGAGUAUGAAAGGA